AUGAACAUAUUCAGAUGGACUUCUCCUUCUAUACCUCAAUGGAACGGUAAAGAUUCCAUGGACUUACAAAUCAAACUGCUUUCGUACAUCUUCACCAGACUACGAAUCAACAAGCUUUCAGCCUUUCCCACCAGUUCCGGGUCUCUCAAAUACCUAGACCUGACUACUAUAAGUGACUCCAAAGAAGACCAAAAAUACGGGUUAAAUACGUUCUUGGAAUUGCUCCUCAAUGAUGAGUAUCGAGUACUUGUUGAUUUCAUUAAGAAUAAGUUUAGAGCUUUUUGCAUUCUACUUGAUGAUUUAGGUGGUGAUAAUAAUACGAUAACCUAUUUGGUUGAUCAGAAGAAUAGGCCCAUGAAAGAUUUCAGAUUCAUAUAUCUAACCACAAGGGAUACCACCGUUGAACAAAUAGCUUCGACGUUAGCGUCUUCGGAUAUUUACUGUGAACAUCGAGUGCCAAUGAAAGCCCGGUAUCAACAUGCAUUGAAUCUGAUCGUUGCAAUCAUUGCUAAACAAGCGACAGGAAACAUGAUUACUGUUACCACUCAAGAGGCAACGGCUAUCAUACGACUAUAUUUGGAGACUAUGGCAUUCAAUGUUCAAUUGAACAGGAUAUACGAUGAAACAAUAAAGAAACAACUCAUAUCAACACCUGUCACUAUACCAUCGUCCUCAACUCCUCCAACUUCCCCUCGAAAGCCUGUUUCCAAUAAUGACUCCAGUCCUACCAAACGGCCUACAUUAAAGUCUAAACCAUCUAUUCCGAGAUUCCAAUUGGACACUUUAUACAAGCCUCAACUUCCUACGCCUACUUCACCUGUUAAGGCCAGUGCAUACUUGAUUCAUUCUCCUUCAAGAGCAAAAUCCCCUACUCGACUGGAUACAAGUUCGUCUUCGGCUGAGAAUAAAGACAUUCGAAUAUACGAAAAAUGUCGUCAGGCAGUUCAAGCCCGUAUAGAUUCAGAAAGAUUGAAGGUGGGGUCACGUGAUGCAUAG